AUGCUGCUGAAUAAUAAUGUGACUGAGUUCAUUCUUUUUGGGUUGACACAAGAUCCUGUUAAAAGGAAAAUAGUGUUUGUGUUUUUCUUGCUUUUCUACUUAGAGACAUUGUUGGGUAACUCACUAAUAAUUGUUACCAUCAAGACCAGCUGGGCACUUGAGAGUCCAAUGUACUUCUUCCUUUUCUACUUACCUUUAUCUGACACCUGCUUCUCUACUUCCAUAGACCCUAAAAUGAUUGUAGAUGCCCUUCUGAAGAAUAGCACUAUCUCUUUCAGUGAGUGCGUUAUCCAAGUCUUUUCACUUCAUUUCUUUGGCUGCAUGGCAAUCUUGAUCCUUAUCCUGAUGGCCGUUGACCGCUAUGUGGCCAUCUGUAAACCCCUGCACUACAUGAGCAUCAUGAAUCAGCGGGUCUGCAGUGUGUUGGUAGCUAUAGCCUGGGUAGGGUCUUGUGUGCAUUCUUCAGUUCAGAUUUUUCUGACUUUGAGUUUGCCUUUCUGUGGUCCCAAUGUGCUUGAUCACUAUGUAUGUGACUUGCAGCCCUUGUUGAAACUUGCCUGUACAGACACCUAUAUGACCAACCUGCUACUGGUGUCCAAUAGCAGGGCCAUUUGUAUAGUGAGUUUUGUAUUGCUGACGUUCUCCUACGUUGGCAUUUUGUAUUCUCUGAGAAACCACAGUGAUGAAGGAAGGAAAAAGGCUCUUUCCACCUGCAUCUCCCAUAUCAUUGUAGUCAUUUUGUUCUUUGUUCCUUGUAUAUUUAUGUACACACGCCCAGCAACCACCUUCCCCAUGGAUAAAAUAACUGUGUUUUAUAUAUUUACAACACCUUUGCUUAACCCUCUGAUUUAUACCCUGAGAAAUGCUGAGGUGAAAAAUGCCAUGAGGAAGCUGUGGAGCAAGAAACUGAUUUCAGAAGACCAAAGAUAA